AUGCUCAGCAAGGAUGCCUUCAGUGUUAUCUACUCUCUCAGGAGAGGCCCCCACCUCACCGUGGAGGAGAUUCAGCUCGGUGGCCUGGACAAGAACAGUGCAGAUGCCAUCAGACUAGAGCUGACCGCCCUUCUCGACCUCUCCCAUCCAGGGGUCCUCAAGUAUCAUCAAGUGAUUGAAGACGAGGGCCUCAUCUACGUCGUCACGGACCGCCACAGCAGGACUCUUGACAACCUCCUCGCCGAGCACAAGCGAAGGAAGAACCUCGUCCCUAUCGCUAUGAUCCUCUCCGCCAUGAAGCAGGUCGCUGCCGCCCUCGCCUACCUCCACGGCGUCAAUGGGGCAAACAAUAGGGGGCUUGUCCACUGUGACCUCAGGCCUGCCAACAUAUUUAUCAGCGCAGACGGAGAGCGCUUCAUCAUCGCUGGCCUCGGCCUCUGCAAGGACGCCCUGUGGAGUGAGAGCACUCUCAUGGGAGUGGCAGUAUACAUGGCCCCCGAGGUGCUCCUCCGUAAUGAGUCCAGCCCCGCCUCCGACGUGUGGAGCCUCGGGGCCAUCAUUUAUGAAUUAGUAACUCUGAGGAGACCGGACUUCCUGGGGGGCAAGGAGCCAGCAGAGGUCUUCGUCGACGGGUGGAGGCCGGACCUGAGCGGUGUCGCUGAUGGCUUCAUGCAGAAUGUUCUGGAGAGGAUACUCGUGCUGGAUCCUGGAAGGAGGCCGACGGCCAGGAAGCUCGUCCGUCUACUUCGGAUUCUCAACAUCUCUGCUGAUGGACAGGAAGCCCGAGGCACAAGGCUAAAGGUCAUUUACUCUGUUUCACCGAGGUUGGUUUGCUAA